UAAAAUCUAAGUUUAUAUAGAUGUAUGAUAUGAUAUAUAUAUAUAUAUAUAUAUAUACACACACACUAUAUACAAUCUGAUACAUCCAGCGAUGCAAUAAUUACUAGGGUGCAAACAGCUUUAAAAGGGUGUUGGAGGAGAUCUCUGAUAUCACAGAAACAACUGUGGCAGGCAGGCAGGAAAGUUUUGCAGAAGAGAAAGUAGUGAUCUUGAGGAGGUUGAAUUGUUAAGCAAUUCUCCCUCUCUUCAAUAUUUCUCAAUCAUCACACAGAAAAAGAGAUGGGUAGCAGUUAUUUUGGGGAGCCAAACCUAGGAAAUGAAAGAUCGGGUUCAGGGUCAUCAAGCAGCAGGAAAGGAAAGAAGAGUAAUUCUGACAAGCCCAAACAACCACAGAGAGGGCUUGGUGUUGCUCAGUUAGAGAAGAUCAGACUGCAUAGUCAAAUGGGUUGUAGUUACCUUCCUUCUCUUCACACUGCUACUCCUUAUUCUCCAAAUUUCAACCAGGAGGAUAUGAGUCGACUUCAAAUUGCAGCCUAUUCAGCAAUACCAUCAUCAUCAUCCUCAUCUUCUCUUGGUUUUCAUGGCCAUCAAAAUAUCAUGAUGGGAUUGGGUGAAUUAGAAAGAUCAGCAAAUAUCAGAUAUGGAGAUUCUCAACCUAUCACUACUAAAAAAAAAAAAAUUCAAAAACAAUAUCUAAAUCAAUUCAUAUGUUCAAUUCAUAAAACCAGAUGGAACCCUGGUAAUGGCAUACUAGAGAGUCAACAUUUUGCACAGCCAAGCAUGACUACUACACAUCUUCUGAACCUACAAGCCGAGGACUCAUUACAAAAGAAGAGAAAGAAAGACCGAAGUAAUUCGUUUGGCUCAAGCAGUCAGAACUCGGAAUCAAAUGAUAAUCAAGAACUGGAUUUGGAGCUCAGACUUUCACUUUAGUCUGCAAAGUUUCU